AUGCUGCGGCCGUGGGGUGCGGGAGCCGGUCAGCCGAGGCGUGCAGCGGCGCUAGGCGGCCAGGGUAGCGACGCCGCCGCCUCUGCCUUCUCCUGCCCCUCUCCCUGCUCCCCUGCGUCCUCCUCCUCGCUGGGUCCCCGCCGCCGCCGCCGCCUCAGCCUCGGCGCUUCUCGGGCUUCUCUUCUCCAUCAAGGCCGGGCCGCCCCGCAGGGACCAUCCCGGAAAGUGAGGGGCUGUUGCCGUUUCCCGCAGCUGUUGGUGGCCAUCUUUAAUCCUCCUCCUCCUCCUCCUCCUCCGGCUUUCUCCACCUCCCGCUGGCUGCCUGACUGACUGACUCUGGAUCCUCCUCUUUCCCUUCCUGCCCCUCCUACUGAGCCGGCCGCAGAAAUUGCAGACGCUCUUCCUCUUAACCCUUCUGUCUUUCCUUCCUCUUUCCUUACUUCCCUUCCCUCUGCUUCCCGCUUUUACCCUUCUCUUACUAGCUGGCUUCGCCCGCUCUUGCAGGCAGCGGGCUCCGAUUCUCUUAGCCUGAGUUUGGCCCCCCUUUUCACUCUUGUCCCUCUCUCCCUUCCCUUCCAAGAGGUACACACCCCAGCUUCCUUCCUUUCCCCCGUCCUGCUCUCAGCUGCUCCCGUUUCCCUCUCCCAAUCCCAGCCCCUCUCCCGCGGUUCUCACCCUCCUCUGUCCCAAUUAGUCCAAAGACUCAGCUAAGAAAGGACAGCUGGGUUCUGCUCUCCUUAACCCUACACCCAUUUGCUGGAUGCUGUCAGGCAGCGAUGGAAGAACGGGAGGCUGGGUUAAUUUUACACAAGCUGGAGUACAAAAGGACUGCCCACGCUAGCUGUUCUACUACGCAGCUUUGAAACUCCUGGAUGGUGUCGUGUUUGGCUCCGGCCCAAUAAAGGACCGAGGCAUUGAAGAGCCCAGUCUCGGUUGCCUUCCCUCAGUGACCUUGAGCUGGUCACCUUAAGAUUUUAGGGUUUUUUUUUUCCCCUUUCCUGUAAAGGGCAUUACUUAUACCUUUGCAGUCCUAACAAACAAGUGUUUAGACCCAAUUAGCACGCUUUGGUAAAGCUAGAGAUGCUAGUGAUCAUCAGUUUGCCCCUCUGUUGUUUGUUGCUAAUCAACCCAGUGGACAGUUUGGGGCAUACUGUAGUUCUGGCAAUGGAGGCAAGCUGAGCCAGCAAUUGUGAGUGGACUCCCUUAAGCAGGCUUAGAGUGGGGAAGUGGUAAUAUCAUCGUUCUAAUGACAAACUUGUUUUUCCUAACACAGCAAUCUACAGAAGCUUGUGAAUUUCCUCUACUAAAGAUGAAGCAAGCUGGACUUGCUGUUUGCUUCUUUUCAGCCACUUGGCCUUUGGCAAGUUGGACCCAUUUGUAAGGAUUCACUCACAGAUUACUUCAAGAUCCAGCAUUGCUGACAAAUACAGGGGAUAUUAUAUGUGAGCACUUUGGGAAGGGUCAGAGUGGCUAUCAAAAAAAAGCACCUUGCCCUUGAAGAAUAAGAUGAGUAGACGUGUUCAAAGGUUAUUCCCUUCCAUAGGCCAAUUAUAGAGAGAAAUGUUUUAAAAUGUAGUUUUAUAUUCUACUUCAAAGUGAGUAAUUUUUUUAAGUUCAAAUGUAAAAUUUUGUUAUAAAUAUGUGUUUCAAGCUGUUUGAAAAGGAUAUGUCAAAACAAACCUAAAAAUAUGUUUUAAUAAAAAACAUUGGUAUACUGUGGGAGGCAGGGAGGUGGGGUUCUAAUCUUUUUCUUUGAUCCUCACAAAGUAACCUGUACCUAGUUCGGUUCCAGAUUUCAGUUGCCAUCUUUCAAUACCAGUAAUUCUUCUAUUUGAAAUCAACAACCUGUAUCAACAUCUAAAACUCUUUUAAACCCAAAUAAAGUCUUUGAGACGGCUUUGUAUAAUA